AAUGGGAACGACGAGCGAUGAUCCGCCUGCGGGCGGUCAGUGUGUCCCUCCGGCGCGAUGUCAACAGUAAGCCGCUCGCUUAUCGCAGAGGCUGUCGAUAAGGUGCGCGCGCGCAGCCAGUGCCGCAACGCCCGCCGCACCAGCCCACCGCUCUCGCACCGACGCUCUGCACUCUCCUACGGUUUCCAAACUAAACAAUUAUUCAACGGCUAUGAGCCUGCACCGCUGCCGGCUUGUGUUUAAUAAACUUUGGUGUUGUGACCUGGGUUGCUUUUCUUUAACCUGUGCGCUCGUAUAUAACCGAGACAACGGACUACACGUAUAGCUUCAAGGAUGGCUAUGAAGGAAUGGCUCCAGUGGCUGCCGCCGCCGCGAUCGCUGCUAGCCCUGUUGCUGGCAGUGGCCGGCUUUAGCGCCCGCCUCUUCGCAUCACAUUUCACACACUCGCCAACCCUACUCGUCGAUGCCUGCCAUUCCCUGUGCAGACUUGUGGGUCUUAUCACAACCCUUUUAGCAUACAAGUACGAAAGAGCAGACGAAGGUGCUGGCAGGGAAGGCCGACUUCGCAACACAUUCGGCUGGGCGCGCAUCGAGGUGGUAGGACGACUAUCCGUCCACGUGCUAUUUGCGUCGUUUGCGCUUGCGCUGGUCGUCAACGCGCUGCAGCUCGGCGUGCACUCCUCGCAUGGACAACCACCACGAUAUCCUAAAGUCAUUGUUGGAAGCGCUGUCAUCGGACUUUUCUUGUACAUUAUUAACUACAUGCUUUUGGCUGGUCGCGAGUUGAGCUACAGCCGCCGCCUCAGCAUGACGGAGGGCGGCGGAGUGGUGCUGAAAACUGGUGCCGGCGAACCUAUUCUAGCACAUGCACCAACGGAUAUCGCCAGCAGUCUAUUCGUGAUCGGAGCUGGACUGACGCUGGAGUGGGAGCCUGAUGCGGCCAAGAUCGCUGAUCCAGCACUGUCAGCCGUCGCUGCCAUUGUCCUGGUCAUCUUUAACUACCCAUUCUUGCGUUCUGCGGGGUUGGUGCUACUGCAAACAGUGCCAGAGGGGCUAGGCGCGUGUGAGUUGCGCGCAGCGGCGCGUCGGCUGCCUGGCGUGUUGGCCAUCCACGAGCUGCACGUGUGGCAGCUGCACCGCGAUAGAGUGGUCGCUACAGCGCACGUGGCUUACGCCUCGCACAAGGAUUAUUUGCACAGUGCAACACUGGUGAGCGAUCUAUUCAAACGCUACGGGAUCGGCCUAGUCACUCUGCAACCCGAGUUCAACCUUGCUUCUUUUGCUGGUACAGAAGAAGAAAAGAAGGCUAGCAUAGACCUGGCAAACAUAGCCUGUUCAAGCCCCUGCGCCAAGGAGUGCACAGCGCGGCGCUGCUGCGACUCGCCCGUCAAACCAGCCAUAACACAGGCCUAGGACGUCGUGGAAGAUCCUCUGGAAGGUUGCUCAGCCGCAUGUGUUCCCUAAUAACUACAACGAAGGGUAUACAUACAAUACUUCGUCUAAAUUAGUUAAAUAAUGUAACGUUGUCUGACAUCGUACAUGACCAGGGUGCUUUGUUUUGUAAAUAUUAAUAGUAAGUGACCUCACCCAUUCUGUUAUAAGUUUAUUAGCUACGAGUAGGUCUAGGUAUAAACGUAACCAAAGAAGCAUUAUCCGACCGUUGCCGUGAAUUUUCUAAUCGAGGUUGAUAAUGACAGAGCAUUCAACUGCAGGUGAAAGUAGAUUAUGAAGACAUGGUUAAUUUCCUCGUUAUGUCAUUCUAAGCCUCGUAUAUAGUGUAUAGGUAUGGUUACAGAAUAAUGUUCAAAUGAGCAGUGACAACGUAAUAACAGGGAACUAUUGUCGAAACAAUUGUUGAUACCAUUGUUCGGAAAGUUGUCAAGCUUUCAACGAUUAAAUAAGUGAAAUCUAAACAAAUAUCUCAUUAAAAGAUGUGUAGAUCAGGACGAAUUGAAUUGAAAAUAUCUUCCAUGUAACCCAGCUUACGACCGUCCCACAAAAGAAAGACUCUAACUAAAGAUAAAAAUUAAUUAGCAGAGUAGCUAAGCUAACUUGAAAAAAGCAAUAUGAAUGACUUCGCAAAGAGAUCGAAACAGGGUACCUGUAACUAAUAGACUAAACAUAUACUAUGCUCAAUAUGUUACGUAUAGGAUACGUAGCGUGACAUAUAAUAAGGAUAUUAGAAAUAAAUGAUGAUACGGUUUGGCUUAAGAGGAAUAUGAGCCCCAGUUGAGUUGUUGCAAAAGCAUAUUAAUGGUAUAGCUGCAUUUUGUUUUGAUAAUAACGCUGAUUGGUGUACAAAGAGACUGUGAUGUUCCUAGACAGUAUUAUCUUAGGGCAGCUAAUUAGGCAGGGUCAAUAUUUAUAGUUCUACGUGUAAAUUAAAUAUCAUUACGACAAAUACACAUACCGCUAUCAUAGAUAUAAGUGUUUUCUGUACAAAGUUUUGUUAAUAAUCGAUAGUUAUAAUGAAAUAAAUCAUUCUAACAAAA